AUGAAUUCCAGGCCUCGAGAGAGAAUGAUUUUGGAUAUUUGGACAUGGGAGCCGACAUUUCAAAAACUGCUCCAGGAGGUGAAUCUCUGGGACAGAUGGACCCUGACGUUCGAUGAGACUCUUCAGCCAGACUGUGUGGCCCUAGGGUGGAAACAAUACCAGCAGAAAGCAUUUGGCAGGUUCCAGUGUUCCUCAUGCAGGAGAAGUUGGGCUUCCGCCCAAGUGCAGAUCCUAUGUCACAUGUACCUGGAGCGACGGCAGUUUCAGGGCCAGGUGCUUAUGCGGCUCUUUGCUCAGAGGUGCCAGAAGUGUCCUGGGGCUCAAUUUGAGAAGCCUCAAUUCUCCAAGGAGAGCGCCAUGAGGAUCUUGAACAACCUGGUACGCCGUAUUCAGGAGAAAUGCUACGGAAAUGGCAUCAAGAAGUUCUCAGAGAUACCUGUGAUGCCGGAGGUGCCUUUGGAUGGGUCCCAUGACAUGGCCAAUUGUGAGGCAUGCUCUCUGGGCUUCUGUGGACUGAACUUACAAAACCGCAUGACUAUAUCACCCCAACCCCCUCUCUCUUACAUGGAGAUUGGGAGCUUCCCUCACACUGGUGACGUGUUCGGCCAAAACCAAGACAUGAACCAGUCAGCUGAGGCAGAGGAGGCUCAGGGGACGUGGUAUUCCUAUGAGUACGAGAGGUCAGGGCCCAGCCACACCACGGCUAGAACCCCGGUGCCUGGGACAAGCCCACAGCCCACACGAGGGGCAGACCAAGAUAACUUGAUCGCAUGGGUCUGUGCCCGCGUUGCUUCUCUGUGGAUCUCCGUCACAUCCAGAUUGUUUUAA